CAGUGCUGCCCACUUACGCAGCGAACCAAUAUCCCUGUCGACGCAACUGGACCUCGUGGUGGGAUAGGGAAACUUCAGCAAAUACAGGAUGGGGUGGGCUUGGGUGUGAGGAAGAGAGGGGUGUGUCUGCUUAAAGCACAUUCCAUGACGGCCAUAUAAAUAUUCAGAUUCAAGAGCGGCGCGAGUAGAGGAAACAAACAACUUUCCAAAACUUUGACGCUGAGACAUACGAACGAACCUGACGUCCCAUCGCUGAUCCAAAGAGGAAUACACGGAGAUAAAAAUGCCAGGUGAGCGGUUGGCAGUAAGAGGCACGUCAGAGGUGGGGCGUUUCCCUGGAGUAGCCCCACCAACCAGGGUGGAGCUGACCAUUCAUAAAGAUGGGGAGAAGAAACUGGAAGAGGGAGGCUGUCGCCGCUGGUUCAAGAAGAUGUGUCCAUGCUGCUGUAAGCCCCAGAGCAACACCUAUGAUGUUACAGAUAAGGUGGAAUUUGUCAAACCCCCAGCCCCGACCCCGACCCCGACCCCUACCCCUGAGCCUGCAAAGCUGACGGUUGAGAAUGGAGAGGCUAAGGAAAUGGAAGAAAUGAAGUUGUCAGUGUGUUCUGUGGACCUGCUGAGCUCCAAGACGGAUCAGAACAGAAAGGAGCAUCACACUGAGCUGUUUCAGGGGGACGAUAUGAUCAUCCGCAGAGGACAGACCUUCCAGAUAGAGAUGGAGCUCAACAGGCCCUUCAGUGCUGACAAUGACAAGCUGCACCUGGACCUGAAAACAGGUCCCCUGCCCCUGGUGUCCAAACGCACCCAUGUCAUCAUCCCACUGGUGGAUCACCUGGAGGAUGAACGCUGGGAGGCCAAGAUUGUAGAACAGAACGGCAACAAGAUCAAGCUGUCUGUCAACUCUCCAGCCAGGGCUGUGAUUGGCCUGUAUGGGCUCACAGUGACAACCAGCACUUCGAAAGGCGAGGCGGCAAAUACUUACAACUCCGACAAGAACAUCGUCAUGCUCUUCAACCCUUGGUGUGAAGAGGACACAGUGUUCCUGGAUGAUGAGGAGGAGAGAAAGGAGUAUGUUCUGAAUGACAUCGGGAGGAUUUACUAUGGCACAGAGAAACAGAUCGGGGCCCGCACAUGGAACUUUGGGCAGUUUCAUGAGGGAGUUCUGGAAGCAUGUAUGUUUAUCCUGGAGAAGAGUGACAUGCCUCCAUCUGGUCGAGGGGAUGCUGUCAAUGUGGUUAGAGUCCUAUCUGCCAUGAUAAAUGCUCAGGAUGACUUUGGGGUCCUGGUGGGGAACUGGUCUGGGGAUUACUCUGAUGGAGUCUCUCCUUCUGCAUGGAGCAGCAGCGUGGAGAUCCUGAGAAAGUACCACUCCUCCAAUGGAACGCCCGUGUCUUACGGACAGUGUUGGGUCUUCUCUGGGAUCACUACAACGGUUCUUCGGUGUCUUGGCAUACCCGCCCGCAGCGUGACCAACUUCCAGUCUGCUCAUGACACUGAUGUAUCCCUCACCACAGAUGUGUAUUUAGAUGAGGAUAUGGAGCCAAUCGACUACCUCAAUAGUGACUCUGUGUGGAACUUUCAUGUAUGGAAUGACUGCUGGAUGGCGAGACAAGACCUGCCCCCCGGUCAUGGAGGCUGGCAGGCUGUUGACUCGACCCCCCAGGAGACGAGCCAGGGCACCUUCCGCUGCGGGCCAGCCUCCCAUCACGCCAUCCGAUCUGGCCAGGUCUACCUCAAACAUGACACGCCAUUUGUCUUCGCUGAGGUCAACAGUGAUAAGAUCUUCUGGCAAAGAAACCCGGACGCCGGUUUCACGCAGAUCCACUGCGAGAAGAAAGCUGUUGGCCACCACAUCAGUACUAAAGCAGUUGGCUCUGAUGAACGGGCAGACAUCACACACCUGUAUAAAUAUCAAGAAGGUUCGGAAGAGGAACGGAUCGCUGUGGAGACUGCCAGUCGUUUUGGCAGCAAGCCAGAUACUUACUCCACGGCCCUUGCAGAGGAUGUGUUAGUGGAGGUGAAGAUGGAGGGUGAAGGGCCCAGGAUGGGUGCUGACGCCAAGCUGAGCAUCAUGGUGAAGAACCUGAGCUCGCAACCUCGCCGCACCACUCUGCAUAGCCAGGUGGCCGUCAUGUACUACACCGGUGUGCUGAAGGGCACCAUUAGGAAGGAGCAGAUACCUGUGGAGCUCCUUCCCAAUGAAGAAAAGACCAUUGACUGGGUGCUGCCCUACCAACAGUACCAGAACCAGCUGGUGGAUCAGGCCGCUCUGAUGCUGACCCUGUCUGGAAGAGUCAGUGAGACCCAGCAGGUGGUAGCCAACCAGACCACUUUUAGGCUCCGUACACCUGACCUCAACAUCACGCCUUUGGGAGACGCCAUUGUUGGCAAGGAGAUGGCGGCCAAGAUAACCUUCACCAACCCCCUGCCACGUAUCCUGAAGGGAGUGGUGUUCAGAGUGGAGGGCCUGGGUCUGCAGAAGGGCCAUGAAGUGAUUGUGGGUGAUGUAGGCGGCCACUCCACAGUGACACUGACCGAGCACUUCGUCCCAACCCAGCCCGGACCCAGGAAGCUGGUGGCGUGUCUCGACUGUAAACAGCUCACACAAGUGCACGGAGUGGCUGAUAUCGUCGUUCUCGAGAAUUGAGAGGCUUAAUAUCUUCCUCUACUAUCACUAUUUCCUUAUAAAAUAUGAACUAAGAGCCUCUAGUUAUAUGAAAAGUGUGCCAAGUUCCUGUAUCUUAAACAAUUUUAUACUACGGAAGCAUUUUUUUAUAUGAAACCACGAAUAGGCGAUUAGAAAAUGUAGCAUUAUUAUCAGUAUUAUUGUUUUUGUAACUUAUAAUAUUCUUAUUCUGCCUUGCUCUGAAGUGUCUCAACUGUGGUGAUGUAUGCAGCAGUUUUUAAAUGCAUGCACAGCAAAUGAUCACCAGAUGCGGAUUCACGACGCUGAAAAACCAACACAUUUCCACCUUUACAACUCUCUAUUUGAAGAACCUUAACCCUUAAGCUAGGAAUUAGAUUGCACCAUAUCUAACCACAGUGGCCUUAAUUCACCUUACAGUAGCUUUACCUGCUUCAAGUGUUUAACUUGAGCACUCAAAAUAAAAUGUGAAUGCAAGUAUUUUAAUAACUUUACAGUAUUUAUCUGCCAUAUCUACCUGGAAUGUUCUUUUCUGUAUUGUACUUGUGAUAGUAAUAAACCUUGAGGGAGAAAACCACCUGAAAUCAUAAA